GCCAAUCAGGGGCCUCUACUGGAGUUCCGGGUUGUGCCUAUUAUGAACAGCAGCAGAGUUUUUUUUUUUGUCUGGACGAGUCAACUCUGAUUCUGCAGCACCAUGGGGGGCAUGCAUUUUUACGUUCUUUGGUCCAUGCGUGACGCUCCCCGUCAGUUCAUCAGCAAAUCUAACCGAAGGUGCUUCCAAGUCCACAUCCCGCUGCCUCUUCCUAAACAGCUGGUCAUCUUUGGUCUUGGAGAGUGGAAAUGCAGCAAGACAACAAUCUCAGUCGAGGUGCUGGUCAGUGCAGAGGUGCCGGCCCAGAAAAUUGGGACUCUGACAUCUCAAGCCAGGUGCCUGACCUGGGAGGGUGAAUGGAGCGGUGAUAUUAUCACAGGGGCAGCGGAGAGGGGCAGGAAAGGAGUCUAUGGCAAGAUUGUGCUCACAAUGUGUGAACCAGAGAAUAAAACCAGUGUCCUCAGCAGUACUCCUCUGGUUAAAAGAAAAUGUCUGUUCCCAGAACAGCACGAAGAAACGGAUCUCUCCAGCACGUUACACCAAAGUACUGAAAAUGAAAUGUCCUUGCAGAUAACUCCCAACAUCUCACACCUGGGCGACAGUGUUUGCUAUGCUGAAAUCCAAGUGAAUAAAAUAGACACCAGUGAUUUCAGAGUGGGAGAUAAAGCCCAAGCCUGGCCUAAGGAUGAGACUCCUAGACAUGCAGUCAUUGGCAAGAGAGGCCAGCUGACACGGAGAGCAGAGGACAUGGACAGCCUCGCUGAUGACAUAGACCAGGUUUCAACCCCCAAGAGAAGGAGGCUGUCCACAAUGAACAGCGAAAAAGAAACAAGUGAGCAGAUAAAGACUGAGAACAGAGAAGUUUUAGUGAGCCCAACAAUGAGAUGGAACCACACGAUGUGUCUAAGUGACCCUGGCACUGCCAUCCUCAUUGGAGGGCAGACUGCAGAUCAGAACUACUGCAAGGACUCCCUGUGGAAGCUCGAGUUAGACAAUGAAAUAUGGUCCCCCAUGAGCUCCUCUGCUUCUGGACCUGUACCACCAUGCGCCCAAGGACACUCUGCUACCUAUGACCCAGACUCUAAGGCAGUCUUUGUUUAUGGUGGCCUGAGGGAGAGGCAGUGCUACAGUGAGCUCUAUAUCCUCAGUACUCUGACCUGGAAGUGGAAACUUGUCACUACAAAAGGGAACAUUCCAACUCUGGCAUACCACUCUGCAACCUUUUAUAAGAAAGAGCUUUUUGUUUUCGGCGGAGUUCGGCCGAGCCAUUCUUCUGGGGAGAAAUCCUGUAGUAAUUCUCUGUACAUCUUCAACCCAGAGUUUGAACUGUGGUACCAGCCUAUUGUGGACGGGGACAGGCCUCUGCCCAGGUUUGGACACACAGCCACGCUUCUCUCACAGAGGUUGUUAAUAUUCGGUGGCCGAAGGACUGCAACCUACCUUAACGAUCUCCAUGUUUUAGAUCUAGGAUUCAUGGAGUACACAGCUGUGAAGUGUGGGAACAUGCCACCGCUGGCUCGAGGGUUUCAUGCAGCGCUCCCGGUUUCAGACAAUAGGAUUUUAGUUGGUGGAGGUUGCAGUACAAUUGGAGCCCUGCAGGACGUACAUGUAUUCAACACUGAUACCAACAUGUGGAGUUCAGUGGCAUGUCCUCUGCUGUCCUCCAAGCCUCGGGCAGGACACAGCAUGAUAAGUUUGAGCUGCUCUAUUCUAACAGACACUGAGAAGCAUGAACAGGGUGAAAACGGUGACAUCCAUUGCACUUUGCUGGUGUUCGGCGGGUCAAACUGCUCUGGCACCUUCUACAAUGACGCAGUCAAAUGCACAGUGGAGAUUCCUGGUGAUAAAUGAUGGAUUCAUCAGGGAAGAAAUCCAAACAGGACAGCAGAUUUAAUCUUUUGUAGUGGAUCUGUUUUGUUAUUGCUUCAGUUUCUUCAUUGUAAUUUUUAUGACAGUCUGCAGUUUAGUCUUGACUAACCCUCCAUACGCAGGCAAUAUGUGGCAAGCAGUGGGCAGGUGUUGCAUUUUGCAUAACAAAUCCCUGAUAUGCAUGUUUUGCACAUCACUUUGUCCUUUACCUCUUCCCCACAUAUCCGCAUGUAUUUGACAGUAAAAUGAAAGACUGAGAAAAUGGAUCAAGUUAAAAUUUAUAUUAAAAGUGCUAAUAAACAUUAAACUCAGUUUACUUGCUUAAAACAAA